GCCCUGGUAACGUCGAUUUUUCUGGAGGCUAUUUGUGAAUUAGCACUUGUACAUUUCUCACCAUCGCUUUGGAACAGAGAUAUGGCUGUGCAGCCUUUCAACAAGUGAAACAACUGAAGAAAUGGAACUGGAUCCAUGUAAGGGGAAUGGUGCGCAAAAAGCCUCAGAUAAUGGACCUGUGAUGGGUGAGGAAAAAGGUGUCGGUCGAUUGCCUGUUUUCCAACGUGCUGACAAGUUCGAUCAAUGGUAUUGGUUUAUUACCAGUCGAUCAGUGGCCGUUGUAAUGAUGUACCUCUCAGGCUUCUCCAUACUCCCCCGUAGACCUCCACGCCCAUUCCCGUGCGCUAUAGUGGAGGGUGGACUGGGCCGAGGCGCAGCCUUACUUACCUUCGUACUUACCCUAGGUGAAAAGAAAAGGGACACAGAGAAAUUGGUGGAGCAGAGCAAGCAGAGCAUCGAGCGUAUAAGCACAUGAUAGAAAUCAAACGUAC